AUGUUUUUAAUCAUCUGUUUAUACUUUUAAGUUACAUUUACAUAAUAUAUUGCCACAUAAAUUAGAAAUGAUGGAUAAAUACAAUAAUAUAAAUUACACACUACAAAUGAGAUGAUUGUGAAGAAUGGUUAAUCUAUUAAAUUAAAUUAAAUCUUAAUUCUUGAGAUAAGGUUUGAAAAUGACUCAUAACUUGACAUUCAGAUUUUUGAUGAAGAUCGAAAACAUUUCAGAAUCCCUUAAUAACCUGUAAAUGCUUCUAAUUACAUUAGCCAUUUAAUUAUAAGGAUAUAGAGAAUCCUUUACUUUUGGAAAAUUAUAAUUACAGUGUUAUAAUUACUAAUGACCUAGUCACAAUUUAGAUUUACAGAGAUGAUAGAGUAAUCUUUACUAUUUCAGAAUUGGUUUAUAGUGAAAAUUACAUAGAAUUCACACAUUAUCCUCAAAAUAAAUAAAUGUGGGGUUUAGGAGAAAGAAACUAAGUUGGUUUUCGUUUUAAAUAAGGAAUAUAUACUUUAUAUGCAAGAGAUGAACCAAAUAUUAUAGAAGAUGGUAAGAGACCAGGAAAGAAUGUUUAUUCAAGUCAUCCAGUUUUAUUGAGUAUGGAAGAUAAUGGAAAAUUCAAUAUUAUGUUUUAUAAAUCAUCUUCACCAAUGGACAUUAUUUAUUAGGAAGAAAGAAUGAAAUUUAUAACAAUAGGAGGCAUAAUCCAUUUAAAAUUAUUUUUAGGUGAUUAUUCACCUAGGACAGUAAUCAAGCAAUAUCAUAAUUAUUUAGGUGGAUGGAUAUUACCUCCUUUUUGGAGUUUUGGUUUUCAUUAAAGCAGAUGGGGAUAUAAUAAUAGUAGUAAAUUAGUACAAGUAGUUGAAUAAUACUAAAAAAAUAAAAUUCCUAUUGAUACAAUUUGGUCAGAUAUAGAUUAUAUGCAUGAUAGAUAAAUAUUUUCUGUAGAUUCAAAUAGAUUCACUAAAUAAGAUUAUGAAAAUAUACGAAAUUUAGGUGUUAGAUAUAUACCUAUUGUUGAUGUAGCAGUAGGUGUUAAAUAUGGUAAUCAAGAUGAAGGUUAUAAAAAAGGUAUAGAAUAUGAUAUUUUUGUCUAUUCUCCAGAGACUGGAUAUAGAUUUUAAGGAAGAGUUUGGCCAGGAGAAUCAUAUUUUCCUGAUUUCUUUCAUCCUAAUAUUAGUAAGUUUUGGAAUGAAAUGCAUAAACAUCUUUAUAAUUAAGUAGAGUUUGAUGGAUUAUGGGUUGAUAUGAAUGAACCUGCUAAUUUUUGUGAUGGAGAAUGUGGUCUAAAUAGUAAUUUACAUAAUCAUUAACAAAGAAUUGAUAAAAUGAAUGAAAAUAUUAAUUUUGCUUAUAUUCCUGGAGCUAUAUCAUUAUCUAAUAAAACACUUCCUCCUCAUUUAAUUCAUUAUGGAAAUUACUUACAUAAAGAUGUUCAUAAUCUUUAUGGUAUCAUGGAUUCUUAUUAUACUUAUCAAGCCUUGAAAGAAUUGGGUAAGAUUCAACCUUUUCAGAUUACUAGAUCUACAUUUCCAGGUACUGGUAAAUAUGCUUAACAUUGGACUGGGGAUAAUGGAGCAUCAUGGGAUUUUCUUUAUUUAUCUUUAGGAUAAAUAUUUUCAUUUUAAAUUUAUGGUAUCCCUAUGGUUGGUGCAGAUGUAUGUGGAUUUAUGGGAGAUACUAAUAUUAAGCUUUGUUCAAGAUGGAUCUAAUUGGGAAUCUUUUAUCCUUUCUUUCGUAAUCACAAUAAUGAUUUAUCUAAAUCAUAAGAAUUUUAUAAUAUUGAUCAUACAGUCAUUCAAACAGCUUAAAAGAAUAUUCAUUUAAGAUAUUCUCUUUUGAAAUGGUAUUAUUCUAUCUUCAUAAGAGAAUAGAAUCAUGGGACAAGUAUAUAUCAUUCCUUUAUUUUUAGUCAUAAAUCCCUUGUUUUUUGUAUUUCCAUAAGAUAAUAUGUCAUAUAGAGAUUUUGUGAUGGAUACUUAAUUCAUAAUUGGUAAUGAAUUAAUGGGUGCUCCUAUAUUAGAUGAAUCAAUCACAAGAAAGGCUUAUUUUCCAGAAUCUGAAUGGUAUGACCUUAUAACAGGUUUAAAUUAUAAAGGUUAAUAAGAUCAUAUACUUCAUUGUUCUUAUAGUGAUAUAACACCCAUAUUUAUUAGAAGCGGAUACUUGAUACUUUAAAAUACAAAAGAAUCUAUUUAAAAUGUGAAAUCUUUAGAUAAUCAUUAUCGAUUGAUAGCUGCUAUUUCUAAUUUAGUUUCUAUAGGAGUUUUAGCUGAUUUGAAAGAUUUUGAAAAUGAAGAAGAAGCAAUUAAUGCUUAAUUGAUAAAUUUCAAAUUGGAAAUACUUAAAGACGUUGUGAUAUUAAAUCUUUCGUAAUGUCAAUCAGAACUCAUUAUUGAAGAAAUUAUCAUCUAUGGUUAAGAAUGCAUUUUUUAAAAUUGUAUAUCUGGAUUUUAUAAAUAAAAUUCUAUAUUUAUAGGACCUUUUAAUUUAGGAAAAGAUAAUUUGAAAUUAGUAUUAUAAUGA